AAAUUUAAUCCUUAGAAAUCAACCCUAAAUUAAAUCCUCAAAAAAAAAAAAAGACGAAGCCCAACAAUAACGCAGCAAGUGUUCGAAAACAUCGUAGGCCCAAACGAGAAGUUCAUUAUCAUAUCGCCUGUCUAAGUUGCUGUUACAUAACGCGAUUUUGGAAAUUCCAAAAUCUUAUCGCACGCGCCGCAUUCAUCACGCGCUACUCAGACCCUUACUUUCCCACUUUCCGAUUUCCUGCGUAGGAAAUAUCUCCCUCACGCACACCGCAGAACCCUAAAUAUUGAAUAAUCAGUAUCUGUUUGAUUGGGGGUUCUGGAUUCUAUUCAAGCUGCAUAUUUUGUUCAGUUGCCGAUUCAAUCUUCGUUUAAUUACGUAGAUUUUGGAGGGUUUAAAUGUCGGAGGCUUCUAGGUCUCGUGUAACCAUCACCCUGGGACGCAGCGGGCAGGUUGUCAAAAAACCUGGAAGUUCGUUGGCUAGUUCUUUCACUGAUGAGCAUCCAACUGUAGGAAGCAAAAGGCCGGUUCGAGAGAGGCUUGGAAGUAAUGUUGAUUCAUCUGCCGAAGUCAAUCAUAAGAGGCUGCGGAGAGAUGGUAGGCCUGCCAAUGAUUUUGAUGACAUGCAACUUAGUAAGGGUGAUCUUCGGUACAAAAUCAUGCAAAAAAAUAUAUUGAAGCAAACUCAAAACGGCCAGCAGAAUGGUGGGGAUCUCCGCAACAUUCUAUCAAGACCUGCUCAAUCUUCUACAAAUAGUGUAGCCACAAGGGACAGGAUGCCUGAGCCAAAAGAUGCUAGAAUGCGUUAUCCGGAACCAAGAGAUGGCAGGCAGCACUUUACAGAGACCAUGGAUGGUAGAAGUUUAACACCUGUAACGAGAAAUGCUAGCCUGCACAUUCCUGAAUACAGGGUUGGGCAUGCUCCUGAUCCAAGGAAACAACACAUUCUGGAAGUGGGGGAAGGUGGAAGAAGCUUUUUCGAGGCACAGAAUGCCAGACGUCCUAUGCCAGAACAUAGACCUUCAAAUACUGUGACCAGAAUGGACUCUGGGAUUACUUCUUAUUCUCCCUGGACGUUGGACCGUUUAAGGCGAAGAUCACCUGAUGAAUCUUUAGCAACUUCUAGAGGUCUCACUGCACCAAAGAAAGAUGAAAUACUGCAGAGAAGAUUUGCAGCUAGCCCAUAUGAUGAUGCUAGGACAAGCACAUAUAUGAGUAAAGAUGCUUUUGAUAUUUCAAGGCCCAUGAGUUCGUCUCUCUUGACUAAAAUGGCUCCACCUGUUGGGCAGAUGAAGUCCAUGGCACCAGUGGCCUCCUCACUUCCUCGACCUGGGAAUUUCAUGCAAAAAAGUUCGUAUGUGGUGGAUGAUGAAGUUACAGUUGACAGCUUCUUGCGCACAUUGGGUCUUGAAAAAUUUACUGUUACCUUUAAGGCCGAGGAAGUGGACAUGUAUUCUUUGAAGCGUAUGACUGAGAGAGACCUUAAGGAGAUGGGAAUACCUAUGGGGCCAAGGAAGAAAAUAUUACUCGCAUUGCAACCUCGUUUGAAGCAACCAGUAUGAUGCGAUCAUUUGAAGAGUAUGGGGUUACUUGGAGCAUCAUUGCCACGAUCAUUAGUUGGAGAAUUUAGCUAGCGAAUCCCAUACAUAUUGUACCCGGCUUCCAAGAUGCUCAUUUUGGUGAGCGAUGUUCAUACACCAAGAUACGUUUUUAAACCUUUUUCAUGUAACAGAUUUACUUGGUUAAUUUUGUAAUAUGAUACUUGGUCUGGACUCCACUCAGAUGCGUAUCCCUAACAUCAUGUGAAACUGAGGUAUUGAUGGGGUGCCGCCCCAUUUAGUUAUUGCCUCAGCAGGAGAACCGAGUUGUGCAUUGUCACUGUAUUUUGACCAAAUUAUAGCAACAGUAAUUCCACAGCAUUUUUCCCCCCUACUCAAGAAAA